GUCAAAGGCCUUCGUCAGUUGCAGUCCACAGAGCUGUGAGUCCGGCAGGAUCAGGUCGCCGUCAUUGCUCCACUCCCUUGUCCAUCCGCUGCCUGCAUGGCCCUGAGAUGCGUCUCCGCGCGGCUGCCGAGUCGCGUACCCUGCUUGCGUGUCCUGCGCGCGUGGAUCUCGGCGGCGUCGCAGACAGAAAAGGGCGGGAGGACGCAGAGCCCACCGGCCAAGUCCUCGCGUCCAGAGUUUGACUGGCGGGACCCGUUGGUGCUGGAAGAGCAACUGACCUCCGAUGAGAUCCUCAUCAGGGACACCUUCCGCACCUACUGCCAGGAGCGACUCAUGCCUCGCAUCCUGAUGGCCAAUCGCAAAGAAGUUUUUCAUCGGGAGAUCAUCUCGGAGAUGGGAGAGCUGGGCGUGCUGGGCCCCACCAUCAAAGGGUAUGGCUGUGCUGGUAUCUCCUCUGUGGCCUAUGGGCUUCUGGCCCGGGAGGUGGAACGGGUGGACAGUGGCUACAGGUCAGCAAUGAGUGUCCAGUCCUCCCUUGUCAUGCACCCUAUCUAUGCCUAUGGCAGUGAGGAGCAGCGGCAGAAGUACCUGCCCCGGCUAGCCAAGGGGGAAAUCCUGGGUUGCUUUGGGCUCACAGAGCCCAACUGUGGAAGUGACCCCAGCAGCAUGGAGACCAGAGCCCGCCACAACCCAUCUAGCAAGAGCUAUACCCUCAAUGGGACCAAGACCUGGAUCACCAACUCGCCUAUGGCCGACCUGUUUGUAGUGUGGGCUCGGUGUGAUGAUAGCUGCAUCCGGGGCUUCUUGCUGGAGAAGGGGAUGCAGGGCCUCUCAGCUCCUAAGAUCGAGGGCAAGUUCUCCCUGCGGGCCUCGGCCACGGGCAUGGUCAUCAUGGAUGGUGUGGAGGUGCCAGAGGAGAAUGUGCUGCCCCAUGCAUCCAGCCUGGCGGGUCCCUUUGGCUGCCUCAACAAUGCCCGCUAUGGCAUCACGUGGGGCGUGCUUGGAGCUGCCGAGUUCUGUCUGCACACGGUGCGGCAAUACACCCUGGACAGGAUGCAGUUUGGUGUCCCAUUGGCCAGGAACCAGCUGAUUCAGAAGAAGCUGGCAGACAUGCUCACCGAGAUCACACUGGGCCUCCAAGCCUGCCUGCAGCUUGGCCGCUUGAAGGAUCAAGACAAGGCUGCCCCAGAAAUGGUCUCUCUGCUAAAGAGGAAUAACUGUGGGAAAGCCCUGGACAUCGCCCGCCUGGCCCGAGACAUGCUGGGGGGGAAUGGGAUUUCUGAUGAGUACCACGUGAUCCGGCACGCCAUGAACCUGGAGGCUGUGAACACCUAUGAAGGUACACAUGACAUUCACGCUCUGAUCCUCGGAAGAGCCAUCACGGGGAUUCAGGCUUUCACGGCCAGCAAGUGAACCUACUUCACCAGGGCCCAGAUGCUCUGAAGCCCCUUCCCAGAGAGUCGCCUGGUGGGACACUGAGGACACCAUGUUCUGAGCUUAGCAAGGGAGGUGGCAGAUGGAGCUAACUUUUAUGGUGGGAAGUGAGAGACACUGACUUUUAAAUAUCAGAAUUGCCCUUCGGAAGUUGUUCAGGUAUGCAAGAAGAUGGGAAUCUCUGUACUGAGUUUCUCAAUCCACGUUUAACCGUGGAUGAGAACAGACUCCAUUUACCUUAAGACAUAAGCUUCUCUUGAUGGGGGUAAUGGGGAGCAGGGAGAGGGAAGGAGCGUGACUAAAAGGAAGGAAUUUGCACGAGACCAACCUGGCAGCUGACUGAGCAGAUCCCCUCACACCAGGUGUUCACUGUGUGCCCUCUGACCCUCCAUCUGAGGGGGAAGUGCCUUAUGCUGGACAUAGGAACAGGGCAAGGGAAAUAAAGAGUCUGCAUGUCUGA